ACCCCUCCAUACUGAGCUUAAAUGGAAGAGCCUCUUUUGCAGUGUUUUCUGGGAAGAAGAACUGCAUUCGGGAUUGGGACUUUGGAAAGAGAGCAGUCUUAAGAGGUACUACUUGGAAAGAAAGCCAAAAUCUCCAUUUGGGAUAUCCAUUCCUUGCCACUACAACGUGAACAUCAUCAUUAAGAAGAACUUUCUCCAGUCGCAAUGGCCGAUCAUGAAAUAUUCGAAGACCCCGAAAAGCUGAAGAGAGGCCUUAUUAAAGUUCUUGAAUGUGUGGCCACAAUCUCAUCCGCAGCAGCGGUGGUCAAUCCAAUCUUCGGCGUUGCCGGCUCUCUCAUCCGGGUGGUGCUGCACCAUGUGGAUGAUGAAGAUCUUCAGAAACUCAAACGGGAAUUCGGGAGCGUCAAUCGGGCCUUGGAUGACAUUUCAAAGAAGAACCAUCAUGCCCUGCUGCAGAUCAGGAAGGAAACUGUAGACAAACAGUACCACGAGGUUGAAGAAAACAUUAAGAAUCAGUUCCGCAAAUUCAUGGAGAUUGUGGAGGCGAAUCCAGAUGCCCUGCAGCGCAAGAAGGAUGAUUUCGUGGAGAGUUUCAUGAAUGAUAAAGAUGACCAGAACAUGUACACGCUUUAUGAAGGUGUAAUCGGGAAGAGGAAGCUCUUCAGUCAGCCCAUUCUGGAUGUGUACUGGAAGCAUUCACAUGGUGACCGCUACGUCAUGGAAAACCUCUGUACUCGACUCGCCUACCUGUUCUGCAUCGGUUUCAUCGCUCUGAUGGGCUAUUACGGCAUUAUAGGGGAUGACUUGGAAUCACGGAAUGAAGAGUGGGAGGAGAAUAUGAAGAAUGUGCAGGAGAAGAUGCAGGAGAUGCUGAUGAGGUGCAAAUGAUUUAUCUCAGCAUUCUGCACAAUCAAAGCCUUCAUGAAAAUACUCUUUGUUGCCUUCUUAGGUGUGUGCUUUUGCUUUCCUUUUUAGGUUUCAUUAUCGACCUGCAGCUAUCUAAUGCAGCAUUACCGUCCCAAUGACGGCAGGUUAUGCUGACGUGUAUAUAUGAUGAUACAGCUCCCUGUAAUGUGUGUUUUGCUUUGUUGUUUUCUCAUACCAGGAUCACAUUUUUAUGGCUUGCUUUAGUUUAACACUACAUGACAAACAUAUUUUAUAGUUUAAAUGCUAAACUCUACUUUAUAUAAAAAAAAGAAAGUGCACUAAUUGUGAAUAUAUACAAGGCAUUCAAAAGUAAAGUUGCACUCAAUUAUCAAAAUGGCUUCUUGUUCUAUAAUUUAGUUUUUUUUUAUUCUCACAGGAUGACAAAUCUUUUGUGCUUGCUUUAGUUUAACACUACAUGACAAACAAAUGUUACACUUUAAAUGCUAAACUGUACUUUAUAAAAAGAUACAUGCAAACAGCUUAAAAGUUGUGUGCAUAUAUUAGCAAAGUCGCUGAUAAAAAUUAUAAAAAUCACCUUUAAUGCUACAUGAUGAACAUGAAUAAAUAUUUAGAAAAUAAAGAAUGUAAAGGCUGAAAUGUAUCUAGCUGUCUAUCUGGACGUCCAUCUGUCUGUGCAUAUUAAAAUCUACAUUUCUUUCAAGGAAGUUGGCAUGUUUAUUGUUACAUUUUUGUAUUUGACAUCUCAAUGUAAGGUUUCUUUUAGCAUUAUUUUGGAUAUAUGAAACUAUUCUGAUGUAACUGUCAGUAAUAAAUGACUGCCUUCAAUGUUGUUU